AUGAAUCCCCGAGAGUUUUGGUAUUACAUUGGAUUAUAUUUGCUAUUCAAUUUGGUCUUGACGCUCUUCAAUAAAGCUGUAUUAGAUAACUUCCCAUACCCUUACACUCUCACGGCGGUCCAUGCAGCAGCCAACGUGAUAGGAUCGACAAUAGCUAGAUUGUAUGGUUUAUACACACCAGCGAAACUGUCAAAUACCGAGAUAGUCAUUCUAGUACUAUUCUCUACUUUAUAUACAAUCAACAUCGCGGUGUCCAACUUGUCGCUCAACCUUGUUACAGUUCCAGUGCACCAGAUUAUACGCUCCCUAGGACCACUCUUUACGAUGGCACUUUCGGUGCCUCUCCUGGGGUCAAAAUUUUCAAUACCCAAACUAAUCUCUUUAUUACCAGUUAUGAUCGGUAUAGCGAUAAUGACAUACGGCGAGAUAGAUUACACAAUUAUAGGCUUAGUCUUGACCUUUGCAGGUACAAUCCUCGCGGCUAUCAAAACCGUGGUCACAAAUCUUAUGCAGACUGGCCAGCGAUUCCAGCUCCACCCACUCGAUUUGUUGUUCAGACUAUCCCCCUUGGCACUUAUACAAUGUGUCGGUUAUGCACUGUACACCGAGGAAUACUUCGAAGUCUAUAAGGAUCUCUGGCCUAUGCCUAAUGUGUACAAAACGGUACUUCUAAUUCUCCUCAAUGGGGCUAUCGCCUUUGGUCUCAACGUCGUAUCCUUCGUUGCUAACAAGAAAGUGGGACCACUUACGAUAUCCGUGGCUGCAAACAUCAAGCAAGUGCUCACUGUCAUACUCUCAUUUUUCUUCUUUGAAGUGGCCAUCACUGGAGUCAGCUUUUCGGGGAUUGUAGUCGCACUUCUGGGAGGUGUAUGGUAUGGCAAAGUCGAGUAUACUGAGAAGAAACGCGCGUUAUCCUAG